AUGUUUCGACAAUGGGCCGAAUCCCGAAACUUGGGUCUACCGACCUCCAUCGUGACGCUAUUCCUGCGAGAUGGAACGCUGUACAUGGUUGCGAUUAUGGCGCUAGAUUUGUCGCAGCUGUUCUUAUUUGUACCAAGAUCAGAUGCUCCGUACGUCCAACCGCUGGCCCAGGUCUUGCCUUCCGUUGCCAUCUGCCGCCUUAUUCUCAAUUUGCGACAAUGCAACAAGGACAAAGAAAACUCCCAAUGGCAAACGAAUGGCUCCUCUCGCGCGAGCCCCAUGUUAUUCCAAGCGCUCCGUGAUGGGAUGAGCAACAUGGGCGAGACUUUUGAUAACAUGGAGGACGAGGAGCGGGACGACUCUGAUGACCCGACCGCGUUGGUCCAUGCAGGCGGACAUGAGGUGCCGAGCACCUUCUCCGGCUCUCUUAAGCUAGUGGUUUCGCAAUUUUGA